AUGUGCCAACCCGACUUCCCUGAACCGGAUGCCUACGACCACAACCCUCAAAUUCCAGCGCAUUUCACAGACACCCCAGAACUCACACCCUUAAUCUCCGACCACAAUUUCUAUCAAGUCGACCUAGCCGUCCGGAACAAACUCGACCGUCUAUACCAAAAACACAGAAUAGCAAGAUGCAGCCACAUCGGCCUCUUCUAUGCCGGCACCGAGAUCUGGCUCGCUUACCCUGAUCGCGACCGGACGCUUGUACUCGUGCUUGAGAUGAUGGGGAUAGAUAUCCAGGAGGGAAAGUGGAGGUUGAUUGAUACUUCGGUUAGGGACAUGAUGAAGAGUGCCUACACUCCGACCUCACCGCUGUUGCGGAAUGCGACGCUAGGUCAGGAUUUAGAGAUGGAUUUAGAGAUGGAUGUGUACGGUGGAAUCAAUUCCUGGCAGACUCGUAGUCAGGCUGCAAGUACAGCUGUUGGAGGUGAAAUUAGUGUACCAGCUCGGUCCUCAUGGACCGGUCGCUCUUUCCAGGAUCUCUCGCCUGGCGAAGUGGUGCAUACGUUGCAGCGAUUCGGUAUCCCAAUUGAAGACCGUGAGAGGCAGGAGCUGGGUCGAGGAUGGGCCGCCGCUGCCACUGCUCUCUCCGAGGAGGCUCGGGGUGAAAGCGAGGAGCAAGGCACAGCGCAUCCGCCGCGCGCAUCCUUUUGGCAGAUAAUGGAGGAUGGAGCGAGAGCGCGCAGGCUUGAGAGGAACAGGCUUGCUGAUCUACAGGAUGUGAGAGGCGAAGGAAGAGGCGUGAUGGUUGCGCACGAGGCUGAUCGAGCGAGGUCUGCUGGACAGGGUUUGAGUCGGUUGGCCGGUACACAAGGAAGGCCUGGGAGUACUCGUGAUGAACAUAGGGCGAGGACGAGACUGGGCCGAUUAAGGCUGGCAUGA